GGUUUUUAAGGAAAUAUAUUCGAACCAAACAUUGAAGAAGUUAAGCAUCCAAAUGCGAUUUAAUAAACAAACCUUUCAGUCAUAGAGGAAUCUUUCAGUCUACCAGUCCAAAUUAAAAAAAGAUUUCAACGUUAUUUAUAUGAAGUUUGAAAAGAGAACGACAUUAGAAAUCUACAAUGGCUGAUGAAGCUAGUUUUUCGUCUGAUUCUGAUACAGAUGAAAUAGACUCUUGCAUUUGGUCCUUAAAAAAACGCAAGUCUUUUAAACAAGAAAGUCCUGAUAGAGCUAACCAGAUUAUAAGCAACAGUCUCGAGACUCAUUCUGUUGUAGACAAAUAUAAAAAAUUUGAAGAGUUGAAGAAGAAAUCUGGUGAGAUACGACGUUACUCUGCCAAAAGACAACUUAUUGCUGAAAAGCGAAGAGCUAAGAAACUUGUGAAGAAAGCUUUGCGGGACCCUUUUAUAAAAGAAUUAGUUGAGAAGAGUCAACUUUCUUCACAGGAAAAUGAAAAUGAAGCUCAUGAAAAAGAGGCAGAAGAGUGGAAUGAAGUGAAACCAUUUUUAAAUGUCAAUAAUCAUAUGCAGACUGCAGUUUCUCAUGGUGAUUGGGGGCCAAAGACAGAAAUAGAAUGUACUAUUGACGAUGCUAUCAAACAAGGAGAUUUCGAAAAGGCAGAACUUUUAAGUGAUACACUCGCAAAACGUGAGUUUGCAACAAAAAUAACCAAAGCAUUUUCUGCCAAAAGAUGUCAUGAACAAUUAGAAAAACAAAAGUUACUUGAAAAGGAUAAAAAAUCCAAGAAAAUCAGAUGGACAUUUGAUCAAAAGGAAAGGUGGCAAAUGAAAGGAAACAUGUGAACAUACUUCUUUUCCUAAAAUUUUUGUACAUAGUAAUUUUAGUAUAAAUAAAAUAUAUUAUGAUUUUUUU